AUGAUUGAUAUGGAAGGUGCACAGGUUAAGGUCAAGAAGGCUGAACCAAAGAAACCCUCAAGCCCAGCACCUGCUCCUGCAUUUGCUAGUGACUCUAGGGGACGGGCAUAUGGUGAUAGUUUUGGUGGGUUUGGCAACUCCUAUAGCAGUUUUGGCAGUGGCAGUUUUGGCCCUGCUUCUUAUAGGUCAUUUGACAGUCUUGGUGGUAGGUUUGGUGACUAUGGUGGAUAUGGUGGCAGUGAAUUUGGUGGUCGCUUUGGGGACAUUGUUGCUAGUGAUUUUGGUGGUUAUCGCGGGGAGUCAUCAUUUGGUUAUUCUAGUCGCAUUGGUUCUUAUGCUGGAGGUUUUGGUGGGGGAUAUGGUGGGAGUGGGGUAGGUGCAUACAGCCGUGGAGGUGCAAGCUAUGGGAGUUAUGGUGGGGCUGGGGCAGGCUCAGGUACUGGUUAUGAUUCUGGCCCAGGUGUUGGCUAUGGUGGAGCAGGAGGUCUUUAUGGAAGUAGGGCAGGCUAUGGUGGUGGUAGCCGUUACCACCCAUAUGCCAGGUAGAUUUCCCAAGCCUAGGAGUUGCGCACAGGUCUAUCGGUUAGUGCUAUCGUGGUCCAGAUUUCGGUAGACAUCUAAAGUUCUUACUGCCAGGAAGAGACUAUAUUUAGAAGAUCAGAAGAACCACUAGUCUGUCUCUGUUUGUUCUAUGGAUUAGAGAACCAGUUAGAUAAUCAUCACUAGAAUAUGCCUAUGUUUGUUAUUUGUAGUUAGCAUUUGUUUUUUAUGAUAUCUGAAUUAGUUAGAACCCAUCAUGUUGUGAGUUGUAUUUUCUAAGGAUUACCCUAGAUUCUUGUGUUAACACAGUGCUUAUUUUUCUAUGAGUACACUAGCGGGCAUGACAGACUGGUUCUUGGGCUGAGUACUCUUCUUUGGUGUUUUUGUUGUAGUUUGUUAGUCAUAUGUUUCAGAAUACGUUUGCAAGGACGCAGUGGUAGGCCUUUCCUCUUUUUUUUUUUAUUUUUGCCUUUUUGUGGGCCGUCCAUUCUGAUAUAUCUGCAGACGCAAGCUGAAGUCUGAAUUUACUCUGAUAUUUAAAAAGGAGCUGUCAAUUUGUUGUGUGCUUCCCAUUGCUUGAUAGUUGGACGAGUUAAAUGAUUUACAUUUUGCAGUCCUGCUAUAGCUAACACAUUCUUUUCUUGGAUUAGUGUUGAGACUUACGGUUUCAUUAUAGAGUUGAAUGGAUUGGCUUCUGACUGCGAAAUGGUGGUCUGGUUCAUUGCUUGAUACUAGAAAAGGGCUUUUUAUUAUAUUUGUCGUAUCUUCAAUGGUUGCUGAAAUAUUGUCAACAUGUGGAAAUGGUGAUUCAUUGCUAAGUAGUUUAACAUUAGAACUUUGGUACCUCUUUUAUUUAUUUAUUUAUUGUGGUGGGGCCUUUUGGGUUUAUUUUUUUUUUGGGGGGGGGG